GUUGUGGAGAGGUGAAUUUCAUUUUCACUCUUUCGUAGGGAGACGUGAUAGAUGCGUCAUUUAAGAUGGUGUCUUGGGUUGUGCUGAACAAAAGUGUUGAAAAUAGUGAUAUUUCAGUUGAAUAUUGUUCUAUAAUGACAGCCGGAACAAAUGAUAACAGUUAUUACUAGAAGUGCACCGUAUAUAUUGUUAGAAGAAUAAGUUUUUGGCAACCUUAAAAAAUGAGUAGUACGGAGUUAACAGUUCCUGCACAGCCUCAGAUCAAACGGAGGACCAGUGUUAACUCUUUACGGCAUAAAGGGGUUCUAAACUGGGUGCGAAGAAAAAGUUAUGGCGAUACGGGAGUUGACGUCACAACAGACGCUAGGGUGUUGUUCGAUGCGGUGCGCCAUGGCAAAAAUCACCUCGUGCGAUUUAUCCUGGAAGCUUCGUCCGUUGAUAUUGUCAACUCACGGGAUCUACAUGGCAAAACCCCCUUGAUGGCGUGCUGCUAUACAAAGGAGGAGGGAGCACGUGACAACACAGUGCGUCUGCUAUUACGUCACGGCGCUGACGUCAAUUUAACAGACGACUGCGGUCGUACCGUUCUCAGCUACGUCUGUGAACGACGCUGUAACGACAUCCUCCGGAUACUGAUAAAGGAGCACAAUAUCGAUCCAGACAUAACAGACACUAACGGCAAUACUCCGCUAGUAUACAGUGCUAUGGUGGGCAAUGAUAUCGCCUGUGAUAUACUGAUACGUCACUUCCGGCGUCUCGGUCUGAACGUUGACGCCAAAAAUGACGAGGGAUUCACAGCGCUUUUAAUGGCGGCCAAACAUGGAAACAUCACAUGUGCCCAAAUCGUGAUGGGCCAAGGCAAGGCUUCUGCCUUCCACCGGGACAGCAAGUAUGGCCUCUCGGUUGAGGAGUGGCUUGAAAAGAAAGGUUUUACAAUUCAGGACAUAACGCCCAUCAGACAUGACGGCAAGGGUCGUUCUAGGUUCGUCAAACUUGCCAACAUUGCGGCCAUCUGCACUGGACCGAAGAAGCAUGAGCCCCCUAAGCCUGACUACGGUGACCUGGAUUACGCAUUAAACAAUUUUCAACUGGGUAAAAUUGAAGACGAUGACGACCAGUAUCUUUCGGACGCGACUACUGGUACCGAUGUUUCGCUGGAGCGAUUGAUACCCCGAUAUAAUGACAUAGACAUGAAUUUUGCUUCGAAACACUAUCGGGUCUACCCUUAUCAAACUAGCAGGCCCAAACUGAAAACACAGGCCACACAGACGGGAGAUGAUGAGGAGGACGACGACACGAAAACACUUAUGACCAACAUGGAUUAUGCUCCAAGCAUGGUGUCUCAUCAAAUGACUGACAUUACUGGACUCGACGCUGAAUCUGUCAUGCAUAGGCAAAAGAAUAGUGACAAAAGGUCAAACGAAAAAUCAAACAGAGUCGCCAAAUCAAUGGACAAAUUAAAUUAUCCGGCGAGUAGCAAAAAUACUGAAAAGAGCAAGCGUCUUUCAUUGCCAGAUAUCGAUAACAAAUCAAUGGCGAAUCGCACUGGUGCCGAUGGAAACGGUAACAACAAAGAGAGGAAAAAGUCUCUCGAAGUACUUCCAGAGAAGCUUAUUGCCAGCAUUGAGCUAGGAGACGGAAGGCGGCACAGCAUAACACUGCACACAGACAGCAUACGGAACAAAGUGUACUGGUCACCGGUCAAGGAUGAUAAGUCCAGCCAUGAAGAUCUUCAGCCACUCCAGUUUGAGCGCCCUCGUUGUUCAGUCUCUGACAGCGAGACAUCUACCAACGACGAUGGACCGAUAUUCUAAAUAACGAUCAAUUUCGCUUCUUUUUGUAUAAACUGAUAGAUCAUCUAUACAUGGCGGAGGGAUUCAAAUAAAUCCGAAUACUAUGUGGAAUUUCUUUUGAAGUAUUGAUUGAUUUAUUAUAUGUGAAAUAAUAGUACAUUAUUGCCAAGAUACCUUAAAAACGGAUGAGAGUGACUAACCUUGCCAUGCUCGCCGAGUUUAUAUGCGGAUGAAACGGAAACUACGUUUGGACCGUUGAUUGUCCUCGGUGAUAUUGUCAAUAUGUGAGAAAACAUUGUACGAUAUAUUCCAAAACGAAUAAACAUUGGCCUUUUAUAGAACAUAUAUUUCGUAUGUAGUAGCUAUUAUAUGCAUUAUGUGGACUUUUUCCUAACAGCUUCGCCUUAGACAACACCUUGCAAUUCUGAUUAUAACAAGCCAUUUACGACAAGCAUUUAUAUAGAAGCAUGAAUUCUGAGGCAAACCGUCAUUUGUUUCCCCGCUUGUAAUAUGUGCGCUACAAUAUACCAGUGAAAUAUAACAAAGCAUUUUGCAGAUAAAAUGUCAAACGUAAUUUUGUCUUGUCCCUAAACCGUAUUAAGGCGGCGACAUAUAACAACGUCGGGGAAUUCUUCAUCUAUCCAUUCCUGUUAUGUAUGGCAGAUAAUGUAAUCACCAGAUCUAAUUAAGACGUUAUGUUUUUGUCUAUAUUAAUUUUGUUUCGGCCGAAACUAUCUUGCUAUUAUUGGGUCAUUAUAUGCAUUUCAUUUUGUAUUAUUCGUUAUGCGUUCGUUGUGAUGCACCUUUUCAUAAAAGGUUUUUAACUCGUUUUUCUUGUGAAAAUAUGUAAAUAUGUCGUGAACACACUUCAUUUGUUACAAUGUAUUAAUGGAAAAUAAUAUAUAUCACGUAUACACAAUCUGUUUGAGGUUUUCUGCAGUAGACUGUACAUAGUCGUGCAUUAAA